UUAUCACUAACACCCUAGAGAGUUGUACACAAAUAUGUGGUGCAGGAGUGUUCCCAUGGGGCAGCUGGGGAGGGCUUUUUCGCCAUUAGUUCCACCACCGUCCACUGGUGGCUCAACCGCCGGAUAUCAGGGUAGAGGGGGGCGGCCAAUUGCUUCGGAAAACAACCAUCCGUGUGAAUUGGGGUCGGAUAAUUCAGGUUGUUGUGGGGAGUGUUUCGCUAAGCGGGCAUCAAGAACACCAACGCAAGAAGCUGACCUAACUUGUCCUCCAAUCCUCUGGGCUCUAAUGCUGUGUUUCCUGGUAAUGGGUACACCGCAAUCUACGGUGCAAAGGAGCAAAAUAAUUCUGCAGUUCUGGAGCCAAACCAGGAUUCUACCAUGCAAAUAGAGAACUGGGCAUCCACGGGAGAAAAUACACUGGACACUAGAAAGUCGGCGACUGACAUCAGCAUAGGCUAUGAGCUGAGAUAUCCGAACUGUUGUGUUCAUGACAACAAUCAUCGUUAUCAGGGAGUGUAUGAUAAACUACAGCUGCGGAUUUAUAUAUUUGUCUUUACUUUAUGCCUGGGAAGUGGGAUUGAGAGUUGAAUAUGCUGAUUUUUUCAGUCUCUGCUGCCUUUAGGUGUUGAACUUUUUUCGUAUUGAAAUUGUGCAUCAAUUUCCUGAAAUGAGAACCAUAGUUUUAGCAACUUUUUGCUGUGCUUGUUUUUUAUUUGUGUGGAGUGGAGAUAUACCAUAUUAUUUGUUAGAAAUUUUGGAAUAUGAUAGCCAAAUUAGCUCUAUCCUGAGGAGGUUUGUAUGACCAUGUUUUGGCCUUUGUGACAAACCUGGCUUGGGAGUACUUUUACUUUCAGAUUUUUUAGAAAUUUUCUUGAUGUGUUCAGACAUGACGCUAAAACAUGAUUUAACUGGUUUUAGUGCGCGGUGUUUUAACAAGUUAAGAAAAUUGACCUUUAUUGACCAUGUUGGUAGGUAGCAUGUAUCGAAGUGAUUCUUGCACAAAAUUUGCGUACAGAACUUUCGUGCUCAUUGUUUCGACUAGAUUCUUUAAGAGAUCACUAGAAAUUACUACUUCUCUGUCCAGGUUACUGCUUUUCCUUUUCCGUAUCUUUGUGAUUUCCUCCCACUCAUAUUUUUGCAGAAAUCCAUGAUGCAAAUCAAGCCUCCGGGAAUCAACCUAAACCAGGCAACCAAUGUAUGUAUUUAGCAGUUCUUCAUUUCAGUUGCUGAAAAACAGUGCCUCAGUUUUGGGAGCAACCAGCUGGCAUAUAGUAACAUAUUCCAACUGCAUCUGUUUGUCAAUGUCAUUUAUUUUAGCUAUUCCAGUAUCUGGCAGGAAAUGCAUAAUUAAGGUUUCAUCUCUCUCUCUCUCUGGACAAGGAGCGAGUCAGACUCCAAAUUCUUUAUAUUAGAUCCAUGUUGAAGUCUCUGUCUCUCUCAUACGCACACAAUCACACCCCUACACGAAGACACCCACACACCCCUCUACUGUUUUUUUUCUAUAACUUCUAAUAUCUCCAGUCACAAACACUUCAAUAUUCAGCCCUUGGCACAUAAAGUCUGCAUAAAUUAUCAAUUUUCCUAAUGCUCAUCCAUAUUUUAGUUUGCACCUCUUCCAUUUGUGGGGCUCACAUUGAGUUUAAAAUUACUAGUACAAUUCUAUGUACACAUUUGCUGAGAAAUUUCUUGACGGCCUUUUAAUUGCUUGAGACUCAAGUAUCUAAAUCGACACGGGCAGAAUGAGGUUUAAAAAUUAAGAUAUAGUGUACUGCUCAAUUACAUCACUGGCUGUAUAAAAAGAGACAAAAAAAUGUUCUCUCACAGGAGAAGAAGAAGAAGAAGACACCCUUGAAGGUAUUUUGCAGGGGAUGAUGAUGGCAAGAGUAGUUGCACUUAUAUUCCACCUCUUGUUUCUUGUCCCCAAGUUUCUCUCAACCAUGACAAAAUCUAGUUUCGUGGUUUUAUUCUUCUUUAUUAAUUUACUUUUCAUAGCAAUCUGGAUGGGGGGUCUGAAAUCUUCUGUUCAAGAUUGUGAUUCAUUCUCCUAUCUUCCACCUUUAUUUGUGGAAGCAGAGUAUCAAUUACCAGAGGAAUUGAAAGACGAAGAUUCCAUUGUUCAUGACAACGAUGAUUUUCUCCCUCGUUUGGUACUCGUAGAAUACAAAAAGGAAGAACCCUUGUUGCUCGUAUAUUCUGAUGAUGAUGGUGAUGGUUUUCACGGUUACGAUGGUUACGAAGAGGAUAGCGAUGACAGUGGUGGUGACAACGAUGACGUUGAUAGUGAAGACGAGGGACUGGAGGAUUUAAAGAGGUUCGAAGAAUUCAUAGCCAAACAAAAAGGGAAUUGGAGGGAGGAGUUGCUCAAUGACAAGUUACUUUGCGUAACAGCAGGUACAUAGCAAAGAUACAAAAAAAUACAGUGCUCUUGUCUUGCACACAUAUACAGAAUACAAACAUGUAUGUAAAUAGGGGUUUUUCUCUUUCCCCGCCCCCCUUUUUUUUUAAUAAGGAGCAAGGGAUUUCAAUUCAAGGUCUGUAUCACUUUGCACAGCAGCAGCUAAAUACAAGCAAAGAAAGUAUGUACAAAAUACAUACAUGUGACCCAACACGUCCUUCUUUCCCGGCAACGAAACGAGAUUUUCGGCCAGUUCCCCUUCGAUCUAUAUGUGUGUACAUAGAGGGGUGUUCUCUUUCCCUUUGUUUUCAUGUGGGGAGUUGGGGAUUUCACUCAGUAUCUGUAUAUGUCCCUUUCGUUUGUGGACAAUUGUAAGACUCAACCCAAAAGUGUAUCUUGUGUCACCAGAUAUGAAAGCUGCAAUUUUUUUUU